AUGGCAAACGAACCUCCUCAAACGAAGCCUCGAAUCAUUUUAGAUGAGAAUGGUAAGCCCUGUAGAACAUGUAACACUCUAGAGGAUUUUCAAAGUGCCACAGGACGUCUUUUCAAUAAUAUUAAGUCUGCUACAUCUCUUGCUAUCGCUGGUGUAGCACUAGAGAAGAUACCUGGCUCAAAAACAUAUUACAAGGAAGAUCCACCCGACAUUCGUAAGCUAGGUGCUUCGUCAUGGACUUUUCUACAUACAAUGAGUGCUAAAUAUCCUCAACAACCUACUCCAAGAGAGAAAGAUGAUAUGAAAUCUUUUUUGAAUAUUUUCUCACGUGUUUACCCUUGUGAUUGGUGUGCCAAAGAUUUUGAAAAAUACAUUAGAGAAAAUGCACCAAAAGUUGAAUCUCGUGAAGAAUUAAGUCGGUGGAUGUGUGAAGCUCAUAACUCUGUCAACAGAAAAUUGAAUAAAGAAGAAUUCGAUUGCAAUUUCUGGCAACAACGUUGGAAGGAUGGCUGGGAUGAUCCUGAGACUAAGUAG